UGCCGCACGCUCCAAACACGUCAACACGAUAAAACAUCAGUUUGAUGAUCACGUUCUAAAAUGUCAAAGAUUAAUUGGGUUACUCGGGACGAACAUUAUCAGACAGAUCUUUUCAAGGCGAUUCUAGUGCUACAAGUAUACGUUUCCUGUAACAAAUAUGAAUAAAGUUAGGAAUCUAUAAAGCUGGUGAAAAUGCACCACUUUUGUAGUUGAAUCUGAGUUUCUUUAUCCGAAUUUCAAAAGUCUCGCUAAACACAGAAACGGACACCAUGUAAUAAUGAGGAACUUUUAAGUAAUGAUAGAAAGCUGGAGGCCCAGAUUUUCUAAAUAAUGGUAAAGAGCCAAACAGUUUGCAGAAGGCGGUCAGGUGAUGUGGCACUUAAAAAGUCAGAAUACACGGGAAGGAAUAGAUAGAGGAUAUUUGAGAUGUAUUUGGAGUUGAUAAAAGUCAUGAAAUUAGCAUUGGAAGUGACGGAAAAUGUUAGCGUAACAUCACAAGUGAGUGGCCAGCGCUGUGUCCAAAAAUUGUGCGUGCGAAUUGAAGAAUUGACAUCUCUCUUGGCAGAAGCAGAUUUUUUGGAUUAGAAAAGUUUCUGAGGCAAAUGUUGUCCAGGAUUUGGAACACGUGUACUCGGUCAAUUGAGAAAUUUCAAAUUCGCGAUUAAAACUAGGUCGCAAGUUGUACGCCAUCAGUAGCGGUGUACAGUGUUCGUCGGAAAAUCUCGUCCGUCACUACUCUGAUUGCGCGACAGAGAGUGACGCUCGUCGAGGGGCCGACUGCUGGAUUCGCACACCCCGAGCGCGAGUAAACUCUCAUUGGACGUCGGCAAGUAGGCGUGUCCACGCUAGUUGACUCGCAACAAACUGAAUCAACACAACAUAUUGGAGCUAUAUACAACAAAUUUAUAUUAUUGUAAUUCCCUCGUAUGAAGAAUUCACAUAGAAACAAGAGCUGCUGUCUGCUACAACUUGUAUCCAUCUUUAAAAAAAAAAAAAAAAAAAAAAACCAUGGAUUGAGCACUUCAAACGCAAACCAAACGUUUUAGCACCAGUGGCCGUUUUUACAUGUAGACGUAUUUGAAGGAGUGGCAUAGAAACAAAAAUAAAUAAUGAAAAACAUCCCUCAGAAUUGGGCUUUGAGCUAGUCGCUCUUAAGACGCUGCGACGUUAUCAUCAGUCUACAAAUGACGAUGCAUUUCUCUUUCGCUCUCGCUAUUGAUCUUGCGUGUUGAUUGUAUUUUAUGAUGGCUACUCAUGGCCGGACGGCCAGAGCUGGGUAGAGUAGCCAAAUAUUGUACUCAAGUAAGAGUACUGUUACAUUACAAUAAUAGGACUCAAAUAAAAGUAAGAGUAAGAAAGUACUCAAUGGAAAAACUACUCGAGUAAAGACUUUUUAAAUUUGUUUUAUUUUAAAUCAGUGCAUGAACAUCAAAUCAAAAAAAAUAUGGGAGUCGACACACCCCUGCCACCAUUUAAAUUUUUAACUGGCACAAAAACAACAUUGGGCCCUACAGAAACAUUAUUUGUGUCAUGAACAGAACAGAGGAUAGGACCCAAAAAUGCACGACUCCAAAACAAAUGGACAGUAUCAAAAAAGAGGUUUAAUAUACGGGCAUAGGUCCGUACACAGGCAGGCAAUCCAAAAAAGGCUACCGUAUCCAAAAACAUGAGGCAAGAAGGAGAGGUCGAUAAUCGGAACAGGGUCUCGUGUUACUGUGAGGCGGAGAGGAAGCGAAGGGCCGUGGAGAGCCCGCUCGUGUCCGUCACCACCAAACCCCGCGCCGGCGCUAGCAGGGCCGCCAACGGCGACAGAAGGGCUUAUGGUAGCAGAGCGACAGUCAACAGACGAAGAAGCAGCCCCAGAGGGAGCCGGGCCCCGCACCUCCCGGCCUCCACCGAGACCAUCGACGUGAUGGACGGCCAAGAGGACGGCAUCGAGGAGGUGGUUGAUCUGACGUCCGAGGUGGCCGAAGUGUCGCACGUCGUUGACCUGACCAACAACGACUCUGUGCUGCUGGUGGAUGAAGGUCUCGACGGCAGGAGAAAUUCCUCAGCGGAAAGUUACGUUGUCAGUGAUGACGACGACGUGACCCCUCUACCCGGUGCCGACGUGUUGUCCUCGCUCCAGGCACAGAGCUCUGCCAGGUUAGCACCCGGAGCCAUCAGCUGUCCGGUGUGUAUGGACUCGUACUCGGAGAUUGUGGAGAGCGGGCGUCUGGUGGUGUCCACAAAGUGCGGCCACGUCUUCUGCAGCCAGUGCCUGCGAGAUGCCCUCCGCCGCUCUCUCACAUGCCCCACGUGCCGCAAACGCCUCACGUCUCGACAGUACCACCCCAUCUACAUUUGAUCAACACCGAUUGUGUACUUUUUUUUAAUCUGCAAAUCAAAUAAACAUGUUUGUGCCCUUGUU